AUGACAGCCGAAUCGUAUUCCAGCUCCUCGCAACCUCUGGAUUUGAAGGAGCAAGAAGUUAAAAUUGCUUCAGAGGUUGAACCCUCCUACGAUGCUGAUCCUCGCAAUCCCUAUAAUUGGCCUCUGUGGAAAAAAUGGAUGACCAUGGCUGUUGCUUACUGGGUGGCUAUUCUGGUCGGGAUAAACGCAACCUCGUUCACAACGGUAACAGAUGCCUUGUCGGAGGAGUUCAAUAUUAGCAAUGGCUUUUUUGAGUACAGCUUCUUUGCAGUGACCUCGUGGAAUGCCGCAGCAGCAAUUGUACCACUGGCCACAUUGCCAAUGAUGGAGACAUUCGGAUUCCGGAUUGGUUAUCUUAGCGCCUACGUCUUGUUUGUCAUCUUUAUUAUCCCACAGUGUGUAGCUCCGAAUUUUGCGACACUUGUCGUUUGCCGUACCUUUGCAGGUGCCUUUGGUGGUACAAUUCAGAAUGCGGCAGAUGGAAUUGCAGCAAAUAUCUUCUUCACGGUGCAGGAAAGGAUUCUGCCCUUGACCCUAUAUGCAUUCACCCUGAUGUUUGGUGUCACCAUUGGCCCCGUUUUUGGCGCUCUACUGAAACCGCUGGACUGGCGAUGGGUAUUCUGGCUACAAUUGAUUAUAAACGGUGCUACCAUUCCUGUACUGUAUUAUGGACUGAAAGAGACCAGAGGUUCAGUCAUUCUGUCCAAGCUCAACAAAACUGAAAAAGUCACCGACAAGACUGCUGCCCUGGAAGAAUUGAAGGAAACUGUUUCUCGGGCAGCAAUGUUGUUAAUCACGGAGCCAACGGUAACUUCCUUUACAACCUGGUCUGCAUUCUCAUUCGGUCUAGUCUUUAUUUCCACCCAAUCCGUCCCCGUUGUCUAUUCUGUGGUUUAUGACUGGCCAACCUACAGUGGAGGCCUUGUCCAAACAGCGCUUGCACUUGGAGAGGCUAUAGGAAUCGUUGCAUUUCUGUACCAGAACAGAAUAUACGUUCGCAGUGCAGCCCACAACCUUGAGAAACCAGGUGUUCCAGUACCGGAGAGUAUCCUCCAUCUCUCAAUUCCGAGUACCGUUUUCGGCCUUGCAGGUGGUCUUUUCAUGUAUGGAUGGACUACAGUCAAUGGUACUCAUUGGAUCGUCCCGACCAUUGGGUUGGUGCUGAUUGGAUUUGGGAUUAUGUGCAUUGUCAUUGCUGCUGCCGUCUAUGUCACAGAUUCCUACUCCGGAUAUGCAGCCAGUGCAAUUGCAGCCGUCGCCUUUGGUGAGAAUACAUUUGCAGCAUUUCUGCCGCUGGCUGCAAAACCAAUGUAUCUCCGGCUUGGGUUUCAGUGGGCUAGUUCCUUGCUCGCAUUUAUCGCGCUGGCGUUGGCUUUGGCACCUACUAUUCUGCUUUGGAAGGGAGCUGUCAUUCGAAGCAAGAGCAAAGCGAUUCAAAAGAUGUCCCUAAACUGA